UAGCUUGUUGUCGGUUGCUAUCAACCUGCCGCAACUUCAUGUGUGUUUAUUCACUCAUGCAUCUGUCAUUUUUAGAUAACUUAUACGUUAGUAGUCUGCGACAAUGAAGUAAUCAAAGCGUUAAAAUUAAGCUGCACUUUUUUUAUUUCGUGUUAACUGCCUGCGGGUUGGUCUCUAGUCGAGACAUUAAUUGCCAGUUUUUUACCCCUGUGGUAGCCGUCUGGCCUUAGCCGCGGCCGCGAAUCAGCUUCAUAUUUUCUCAAUAUCGUGCUGCUUUGAAACAUGUUUAUUUUAUAAAUAUGACGGUGAGGGGGACCCUGUAAACUAAAUGACUGUCAGAAAUAUCGCCUCCAUUUGUAAUAUGGGCACCAAUGCCUCUGCUCUGGAGAAAGACAUUGGUCCGGAGCAGUUCCCAAUCAACGAACACUACUUUGGAUUGGUCAACUUUGGCAACACUUGUUACUGUAACUCGGUGCUUCAGGCCCUGUACUUCUGCCGGCCCUUCCGGGAGAACGUGCUGGCCUACAAGGCCCAGCAGAAGAAGAAGGAGAACCUGCUCACGUGUCUGGCAGACCUCUUCCACAGCAUCGCCACCCAGAAGAAAAAGGUGGGAGUCAUCCCGCCCAAGAAGUUCAUCUCACGCCUGCGCAAGGAGAAUGACCUGUUUGACAACUACAUGCAGCAGGACGCCCAUGAGUUCCUCAACUACCUGCUGAACACGGUGGCAGACAUCCUGCAGGAGGAGAAGAAGCAGGAGAAGCAGAACGGCCGCCUCAAGAACAACGGCACCACCGUCACCACGGAGACGGAGCCCGAGAACAAGCCCACAGAGCCCACCUGGGUGCAUGACAUCUUCCAGGGAACUUUGACCAAUGAGACGCGAUGCCUCAACUGUGAGACGGUGAGCAGCAAAGAUGAGGACUUCCUGGAUCUGUCUGUGGACGUAGAGCAGAAUACAUCAAUCACGCACUGUCUUAGGGACUUCAGUAACACAGAGACCUUGUGCAGUGAAUACAAAUACUACUGUGAGACAUGCUGCAGCAAGCAGGAGGCCCAGAAACGGAUGCGGGUUAAGAAGUUGCCUAUGAUCCUGGCCCUGCACCUGAAGCGGUUUAAGUACAUGGAGCAGCUGCACCGAUACACCAAGCUGUCCUAUCGGGUCGUCUUCCCUCUGGAGCUCCGCCUUUUCAACACCUCUGGAGACGCUACCAACCUCGACCGCAUGUACGACCUGGUCGCUGUGGUCGUCCACUGUGGCAGUGGACCCAACAGAGGACACUACAUCACCAUAGUGAAGAGUCACGGCUUCUGGCUGCUGUUUGAUGAUGACAUCGUGGAGAAAAUCGAUGCCCAGGCCAUCGAGGAGUUCUAUGGGCUGACGUCAGACAUCUCCAAGAACUCAGAGUCUGGAUACAUCCUCUUUUACCAGUCCAGGGAGUAACUGGAAUAAACACCCAGCCAGCCAGAGACCGAUAGAGAGAACGAUGGGAACUUUGACCCUGACCCCUGUACCCUCUCUGAGACGUGUGCCAACACCAUUCCCUGUCCCACAGCCUGCCCUGGGUCUGCCUGCACUUCAUAUCCCAUAACCACUUUCCUUCCCUGUGCUCAGCAUGCUGGGAGGACUCUGCAAACUGCUUUUUGCACUUCAGCCACCUGCAACAAAAAAGCAAACAGUCACAACAGCAAGGACAAGGGGGAAAAAGAAGAUACAACAGGCUGGUGUGUGAUGCCUGUUUCCUCCACACGGGGCUAGCUCUUGAGGUCUGGAGUCCCAGCACGGGUCACCUUCUCCCUGGGUCUGCCUGGCAUACAGAGCUGGCUGGACUGGUACAAAUACAGACUGCUGUUGGAAAGAAGAUUGGAUCAUUUGGAUAUCUGUAUAGUAUGUCUAUUUUCAUGUAAUGUCACGCUCAUAAAUCAUUUUAGUAGGGUUAUCCGGUGACCUUAUAUUUACAAUGUCCUGCCCAUAGAUGUCUUCUACCUGGGGAAUGGCUAGAGCUGGGAUGGAAGUUUUAGUGAAAUAUAUAAACUAGGUGAGAGAGAGUCUAUGCACAUGGUGUAGCUGAACUGCAUGUUCAGUGUUCACAGUUUGAGCUGGUGUGGAUUCGAAUUGACUUGAGUUGUGGCCAAGCCAAACCUAUUCAUUGUAAUGCUGAGAUAUUGUAGUCCUACAGAAGACCAGGAUGCAUGUAGCUCUCUGUGUCUGCUGCUCUGGUCCUCUUCCGUAGAGACUAACUCAAGACAGAAUGCUCCUCUCCCUUGUGGCCCUUAUGUAAUAACCAUGUUAUAAAUAUGUUAGAACCAUGUUAUGAUCAAGCCCCCACUCUAGAACAUAGUCACUCACUGACACGAUCUUCAGCUCUACUAGAAUAGUCUGGUUUAGUUCAUGCCCAGUUUAUUCUCUGUCUAGUCCUUGUUGUGUAAAACACUAUUUAUUGCUCUUAUCUUAUUUAUGUUGGGGAGUUAUAAUGUUGAGUGUGCUGGUAGGUGGAGGAUAUUGUGUGUCAGACUCCAUCUUGUCUUGUUGUGUGUGUGACGUCUCCCCCCUGACUGAGUCCUGUAGGGAAUACACAUACAGAGCUCUCUGGGGUUGAAAUGAAGUUUGACAACGUCUUUUUUAGCUCAAGUUUGAAGUAUGUGGAUAGCUGAGCUCUGUCAAAAGAACCAUAUGAGGUAAGACGGAGAGAUCAUAAUCCACAGUUGCAACUAGCAAGGCAUCCUUGAACAGUACUGUUUUUCACAGUGAGAUUGGUGCAAUAGAAGGAGGUAAAAUGAGCUGAUAAGAUGUUGACUUCCCUGUGAAACGAAUAUAGAUAUUAAAUGUUGGUGUGUUUUGUGACCAGCUAGUCUCCUCCCAGUCGUGUGUAUCUGUGUGUGAUGAUGAUCAAAGGAGGUGGAAGUCCUUUGCUAGGUGCAAUAUGGGGCUGUGGUCAACAUACUCCAAACGUUGGUACGAUGUUACUUAGAACCUUCCUUUUUAUUCUUCUGCAGUGACACCAUAGUCUGAAUAUUGAUAUUGGUCAUUCCUAUGUUGAGGACGUUACCUUUAUCACCGUUUUAUUUUGCCUCGUUGUCCCUUCCAUUGUUAGGCACUUGACUUGGAACCAAUGUUCUUUACUCAGAAGCUGUGCCUGGCAGACACUUCUAUUAAGUUGUGUUUAGUGUAAAGGUGACCAGUGGUCCAUAUAGAGUGAUGAUUUACCAUCCCAUAACGUUAGGGCCACGUAUUGUAGAGUAGAACUAUAUCAAAGGCCAUAUAGAGGUAUAUGAAGAAUCAGUGCUGCUCAGACUGUCCUAUGGAACUCUAAUUCACUGUAAUACUGAAAGAAUAUUGACCCAAAUGCAUCUCACUUUAAAGAGAUGCUCCGGAACUUUGGCGACUACAAAGUGUUCUUUAAACCUCCGGCUUUGGGCUGGAUGUGUCAAUGUGUAGUUUAUACAUGCAGAAUUACUAUUUUACCUCAAUUAGCCACGAAAUCCCUAGUUUGAAAGCGACUAUUUCUGGAAUCUGUGCUGUGCCAUUUUCCAAAAUGUUCCCCCACGUGGGCCAGCCCCCUAGCAAUUCGAGUUCUAGCCAAUGAGCUUCAGACCCUCGCCAUUUGAGUAAAAUCUGCACAUAUGUGACGUAGUACACAAUUUUCAGGGAACACUUUAGUCUCGUGAGAGCUACUUUCAGAACUACUGGCUAAAAGUAUACAAACGUACCGGAGAAUCUCUUUAAGUGAGAAGUAGAAAUUAUUUGGGUUGGUAUGAGUGAGUUUGACUGUGCCUCCUCCUUUUUAUGUGAGUCAGCAUGUAAUGUGAUGUGUGAGAGUGUAUUGAAGCAUCUAGAUGGUUAACUGACUAUUUCCUUCUGUUUAGUAUAACUGGGUAAAGUCGAUGAUGAAUAUGUGCCAAACUGGAGCCACUAAUGACCUUGCAAAACUGGACAGGAACUCUUACAGAACACUAUUUUCUAUGCUAAGAUACACGUGUACAUACAUUAUGUAGGAAAAUAUUUUUUUAAACCUAGAACCUAAAACACUAAGAGAACGAGGAGUUAACUAGAAAAUAAAAACAAACCCUGUAAUGAAAUAUGGAGCAGCUUUACAAUCAGUCAAUCACAUAAUCAAUUCAUCACGCAAUAGUUAGACAGUCGAUGAAUGUCACAGUGAGGCAUUUUAAGCGUUAUGAUGAGAAGAGAUGCCGUGUGUGCUAAUCUUCCAAUUACUGUUCUGCACACACCCUUACUCAGAUGCAUUGCACUCCUAACGUGGUCUCAACAGUCUAUAAAUGUGAAGUGUUCUACCUAUGGGACUCUGGUGCAGUGCCUAGAGAUGAAUAAGUACUGUACUAGCAUGUCUGGUUUGAUAAGAGUAGAAGUUAAAAGGAGAUCCAGGCACUAGCUAACUCUCAAUUCCAAUGAGUUGUUUGUAAACUGAAAGUGCACUUUACUAGUGAUGAGCUUAAACGCUUUAAUGAGAACCACAGUCUGAGUACUUUUUGGAUUUCCUUGUCCUCUGUUCAAUAAAAGGACUGUAUUAACUAAG